CCCCGCCCCCGGAGCGCUGAGCGACGAGCUUGUUCCUAGCCGGCACUGGGCUCGCAGUCGCCGGGUCUGGGCUGAGCGCCUCGACGCGGUCGCCCAGAAGCGCUCUCGGACCUUGAGGCGCAUGGAACCUCAAGGUAUUUGUGACAAUGGAAACCAAAAAAUUAAUUGGUAAAUCCCUUCAACCAGCAAGACCUGUUCAUCAUCUGACUUCUUCCUCAGCAGGAGCAGUGUUGCCUUUCAAUUUUCAAAGUGAAUAUCCAUGCAACACCCAGUGCUUACAAAGUGGAAUUAGCAAAUGUAAGGUGAAUGGAAAGCAAGCCUUCUCUCAAGGUCUUAAUGAAGAGCAGCAACAUCAGUCUCCAGUUAAAAAAGAGAGAAUUAAAUACAGCAGAGAUUUCCUACUGAAACUCUCAAGUGUUUCCAUCUGCAGAAAAAAACCAGACUUUCUGCCUGAUCAUCCCAUUGUACUUCAGACACUAGAAACCAACCAAAGUUUUAAGUAGAAUUUUAAGAACAGAUGAAUUUGAAGAUAGCGAAAUAUUUGUUUUAUAUUUUUAACACCAGCAAAUGAAGUGGACCUAGUAACAGUAACUGUAAUUGACUAUGACAAUUCAAUUUAUUUUAAAUUUUGAUGGGCCUAUUUGACUUCUCCUAAAAUGAGAGAGAUAUUUUAAACUAUAAAGAAUUUUCUAAUCAACUUCGAAACAGAUUCCUGCAAAACACUGGAAAGUAGGAAUUUGACUAGUGAAAUGGGAAGACUGUACUUAUAAUUUGCAUGCUACCUGCAAAUUUUUGUUUUCACAAGUUGUAAUAAUGAAAUAGAAAUGUAAGUUGUAAAGAUUCUCAAAUAUAAAGUAUUUAUACAUAAUUUCUCCUUGCUCUUGAAAGUUCCUUUUCUAAUUUCAUACUAGCUCUUGAACAGAGUAUUAUAUUCUUUCUAGAAAUGUAGCAUGAUUCAGGAUAUUCAAUACACAGUUGACAGUAGGGAGAAUUUUUAAGUAGGAAUUUUUUGAACAUAUGAUUACCUCUAGUUUUUUUAUAAUAAACAUUGUCUUGGAUUAAUAAUUACUAGAAGAGAUUGAUAAUGUGAAAAAAUGGCAGUGAAUGAAACAGAAGUUGAAAAAUAGUUGCUAUUUGGAACAUUAAUCACACCAUGUGAAUAGAAUUUGAGCAACUGCAAAAUAAAACAUUUUUAUUUACAGAAGAGGAAAAAUUCAUGCUUGUGCAUAUAAUUGAGGUGCAUUAAGUUUCAGUUCUAUAAUUUCUUAUAACAAGAAUACAGGUAGAUAAAGAAAUUUAGAGUUCAAACUUUUAAUUCCUGGAAAUUUUAUACAGUAACUCUCCUGCAAUUUUAAACUGUGGGUGUUACUCUUACAAAAUAGUUUUUCUUUGAGCUUAGUGUAGAAAAAUUGCUAAUAUAAAGGUAAGUAUAAACUUUCCCUAUUUCUAUUCUCUCUGAGAGCUACUGACAAGGUAUUCAAGGCCAUCACUUGACAGAAAGUUUAUUUUUUGUUGAAUGCAAAGUUCUCACACCAGUACCUUUUUUUUCUCAUUAUUUUUUGGGCUUGUUAUCCAGAUUUACCAUUUAGUCUGGGGAAGCUUUUCUAUCUUGGCUCAAUGCUCUGUUUCUCAGAAAACAGGAUUUUUUU